UUGACCAUCUCCAUUAUUGCCCCCAGUUUUAUUUGUUAGGUCACCUGUCAUACGUUUCAGUUAAGUAAUGAACUUCUUUCGAAGCCUAGACCUACAAACUACAUUUGUUUUUCCAGCAUAGCGUGCAUAUGCACGUCAUCAUAUUGGUGCUCAAAUCGUGCAUAGGAAGGCACAGGUAUCCCUCAAAUAGUGAUGCACGGAAGUGCCAUGGGCCAUCAAUGCGAGCAAGAAGCAUUCAACUGGUCGAGUUGACCUUCUUGUCGAGCAUAGGCGUCUUCUUCGCUUGCUCCAAGUGAUUUCUUCUUCCCUGCUGGUCGUGGCCUCUGUUCCAGUUGCUCUACCAUCCAGUUGGGAGGUCCUCACCACCACUCUUCUGCAAAUGAACUUGUUGCUCGGGAUGGUUAAGGGGAGAAGGUCCAAGAGACGGAGGUGCUCGGCGGCCAACCUCACUGAUGACCUCGUCGUUGAGAUCCUCUCUCGCCUCCCUGCCAGAUCAGUCUGCCGCUUCAAGUGCGUGUCCACGACAUGGCGGGACCUCAUCUCGCACCCUGUUCACCGUAUGAAGCUUCCCCAGACCCUGGCCGGCUUCUUCACAAAGCACGAUAGUGAAACUGUAUUGUGGUCAGUCCCCCAUUUCACCAAUGUCUCUGGCACAGGCCUCCCGUUUGUCUCCCCUUCACUUGACUUCCUGCCAGUCCACAAACGCAUUUUUCUCUUGGACAGCUGCAACGGCCUUCUCCUCUGCAGCUGUUGUGCUGCCGGGGAAUUGGAUAUGAUAUAUUACCAUCAGUUUGUGUGUAAUCCUACCACAAAGGAGUGGGUUGCACUACCGGACCACAACCAGGCUGAAAAAUGGCGGUGUUCAUGUGUGGGUUUUAAUCCAACCAUGGCACCCCACUUCUACGUGUUUGAGUUCUUCAAAGACUUUGGGCCCCUAGCCCCCUCGGUCGUUGGAGUGGAAGUAUAUUCAUCUGAAACAGGAGAACGGGUUCGUAAAGAGCAUGAACUGGAUAAUGAUUUUAGCCUUCCCGAUAGGUUGCCAGGUGUCUUUUUCAACGACUGUCUGCAUUAUCUCACCCACAAGCCUUCUAUAGUUGUGGUGGACACCGAGGGGGAAGUUUGCCAAAACAUACCUGUCCCUGUCCCUGGUGAGCAGUGGUUUGGUUUCAUUCAGCUGUCCCAGGGACGUUUUCAUUACGCCAAUUUUGAGGCAGACCAUGAAGACGAGGUGGUUCGACUGGUGGUUUAUGUUCUUGAGGACUAUGACAAGCAAGAAUGGACAUUGAAGCAUACUGCUGAAGCCUCACAUGUAGUUGGAUCACAUGGUUUAUAUGAACCUGGAUGGGUAAGUUAUAUAAAUCUUGCAGAAAAGUUUGAGUGGGUUGCAAUUCAUCCAGACUGUAACAUGAUCUUUUACACUGUUGAGUGGGAUAAAACAUUGAUGUCCCAUGAUAUAGAUCGUCGGCAAGUCCAAGAGAUCUGCACUCUUGGAGAGGACACUCGGGAGACAUAUCUUCCACAUGUGUCAUUGUUCUCAGAGUUACAAACUUUGCACACAUGACACAUAGGUUAUUGGUGCCUUUAUACCAAGUGGAUCCUCAACAGGAGUCAAUUCUUCUUGCCAUGUAGCAGUGGGCUUUGCAUGCCUACCUGCUUUUGUUUUUGGAGCAAAGUUGGUUUAUUCUAGACCUAACUUGGCUAAUGCUCCUACGUUGUUAUUCGAAAUUUGUAUGAGCGUUCUGCUCUGUGUUCUUGCCUCUUCACACAGAUGGUCCAUACAUGUUGGGUUUCCAUAGUAUUUAAGCAAACAUUCUAGGAUCAUCAUCAUGAUUGGAAAAAGGCAUGUCUCCUGUGCAUAUCAUUGUAACUUUAAAUUUGGGUCUUUUAUUUGCAGUUGUGGGAUGUAUAAACAUCUUGUUGACAGGCGUAGUAAAAGUAUUACUACUUAUUUGCUAUUCAUAUGAUGUGAGGUUGAUUU